GCUCCUGGCUUUUAAUCCUCCAGGAUGGAGCGGAAUGGAACCUGCAGGCGCAGGUGUAGUCUAUCUGAGUACAAGGCGUGGGGACAAAUAGGACGAGACGGGGGGGGAACGACAAUUUUCUCUGACCCUCGUUUUGCAGACUUCUUGGCGGCCUCUGGCUGUCCCCUGUUGAAAAGAAGUUGCUGGGCUAAGUGGUCUUUUUGGGCUCGAUCAACUGCUAGGAUUCAUUCAGGCUCAGAAGCGGCAUCACUCCCAGCGGUGGGGAGAGGAAGUAGGAGAGCCCUCACGCCCGGCGGGUGCGUGUGUAGAGGUCUCAUCGGAGCCUUCCAGCUGAGCGCUGUUGGUGGGCUGCUAGGGGGACCUUUGGUCUGGCCCAGCAGGGUUCUUGUGCCAUGCACGUGUCUAAAGUAAUGAAGAACUGGGGAGUGAUUGGUGGGAUUGCAGCUGCCCUUGCUGCAAGCAUCUAUGUCCUGUGGGGCCCCAUCGUAGAGAGAAAAAAACGCAGGAAAGGGCUGGUGCCAGGUCUGCUCAACCUAGGGAACACCUGCUUCAUGAACUCGCUUCUCCAAGGGCUAUCUGCUUGUCCAUCUUUCAUCAAAUGGUUGGAAGGAUUCACAGUUCAGCACCAGGCCAGCCAGAGCGAGAUGUCUGGGAAACGGCAGUAUUUGUCCCUGACGUUGCUCCGCCUCCUGAAAGCUUUGUCCUGCCAAGAGGCAACUGAGGACAACCUCCUGGAUGCAAGCUGCCUGUUGGAGGUCUUGAGGAUGUAUCGGUGGCAGAUCUCCUCUUUCGAAGAGCAGGAUGCCCACGAGCUGUUCCAUGUCCUCACCUCCUCGCUGGAAGAUGAACGAGACCGUCAGCCACGAGUUCUGCAUCUGUUUGAUGUGCAUUCGCUGGAGCAGCCAGAAAUUCCCCAAAAGCAAAUAUGCUGCAGAACGAGAGGGUCCCCUCAUCCUGUGUUGAGUCGCUGGAAAUUGCAGCAUCCUUUUCACGGGAGGUUGACGAGUAACACGGUUUGCAAACGUUGCAAGCAUCAGAGUCCCCUCAGAUACGACACUUUUGACAGCCUUUCCCUAAGCAUCCCUGCUGCCAUAUGGGGUCACCCCCUAACGCUGGACCACUGCCUCCAUCACUUCAUCUCUUCCGAGUCAGUCAAGGAUGUCGUAUGUGACAACUGCACAAAAAUUCAGGCAGAAGGGACUGGGCAAAUCAUGGAAAACCAGAGAACAACAUUUGUUAAGCAGCUGAAGCUGGGCAAGCUCCCGCAGUGUCUCUGCAUCCACCUGCAAAGGCUGAGCUGGUCCAACCACGGCACGCCCCUGAAACGGAACGAGCACGUACAGUUCAGCGAGUUCCUCAUCAUGGAUGUCUACAAGCACCGCUUCCCUGCCCAUAAGUCAAACCCUGCAGAGAGCUGGCAGGCAUCGCCAGACCCAAAGGAUGAUAUGGAACAUGCAGGCAACAAUAAAUCUUUUAUGAAUGGCGCCUGCUCCCCAUCUUUGCUGACCUCCCCAAUAGCUUUCCCAUACAUGACAGCACUGGACUGUAGUUCUCCAACAUAUCUGUACCGCCUGAUGGCUGUUGUGGUCCACCAUGGGGACAUGCAUUCCGGACAUUUUGUCACAUACCGCCGGUCCCCGCCCUCUUGCAAAAACCUGCUGGUCACCAGCAACCAGUGGCUGUGGAUUUCAGAUGACGUGGUACGCAAAACCACCUUGCAAGAAGUCCUCUCUUCCAGCGCCUACUUGCUCUUUUAUGAGCGUGUCCACUCAAGGCUGCAGUCCCAAAGCCAGGAGCUUCGAGCUGAGGAGUGACGUAAAUGAGCAGGCGAGUGUAAAUCCAGCUGACGGGCUUCUCCGAGGACAGUGGCACUCGUCAGGCAACUGUCUCCCCCUGCAUACACACCCCUGGACAAGCAGUCUAUGCUCUUGUCAGUGACCAGCUCCUAGCACCUUGUAUCAAAAUGACACUAUCCAAAGUUGGUCAGCUAACAUGCACUCCCCAAUAUAUACACGUGUGUCCAUGCACAUCAGUGUUAGAAAAGUGUUAAGUCUCCUCAACUGAGACUUAAGGCAAAGACCUGGUGUCCCACUUGCAAUUUUAACAAUUUCCUUUGUUGUGAUAGAACUUCUUAGUGUCAACCUCUUUCACCUUUAUGACAGCCUUUAAUCAGGUGAGUAAUCACAAAGAACUUCUAUCAAGUGUGAAGAAUUAAAGAGAACCUACAAGUGCCUUGAUCAUAUUUUGAAUUCAGAGAAGUGGCUGUGCCAAGAGGGGAAACGUGAUCACUUACCACGUGGUUGCUUUCCUAAAAUCCCAAGGGGGAGUAGGUGGUGGUGAGAGAAUGUGUGGCUCAGCAGCGUAGGCAGUGCCCACAGCUGACUCCCCAUGUACCUGUGUGUGUGUGAGAAAGGUGAAAAACGGCCAGAUUCUUUCCACUUCAGUGAUGUUCUAAUGACUGUCAAAAUGAUGCAACAAACUGAUAACUGUAUCACAUUUCCUGUUAAGAGUCCAGCUCAGCAAGGAAAGGAACAACUUUCCCUGUUUCUUGAUGGUCUUACCACCCAAAACACCUUCUGUGUCUUGGAUUUUAAGCCUUCAAAUCUUUUGUACAUAAUAAAGCUGUUUCUGUCAAAUGCA